AGCUCUGCCUCUCAGGGCAUUGACACCCAAAAAAAGACGCUGCAUCAUGGGGCCCACACGUUGGUGCGUUCCCCUCUGAUCCCCUCCUCUUAAAAUCUAAACAGCAACUGGUGAGAUUAGGUAGGAGAGGACAUUGACACACACACACACACAUGCACACACACACAUUUAUACUAGCCCUUACUUAACGUUGGUCAGCCAGGAGGAAUCCAGUUCAGACUGGAGCAGGUUUUCAUGAGGAAAGGAGACAAUUUGUGGGAACAUCUUCUCUUGGCAUGGAUCAAGUGAUCUUUAAUCUAACAUUGCAGAGAUCUUCAUAGAUCCCCUCAAGCCUUAUGGUGGACCUUAUGUUUUGUUUGACUUUCUUUAUCCAAACUUCUACCUUCUGGGAUCCCCGCUAGGUCAUUGUUAACAAUUAGUGCAUCUGACGGUUUAAAUCUUACGGGUCAGUGCUUAUCAGGCUUUGGCCAUGAGUUGUUUUGGGUAUCGUCGAGAGCUGAGUAAGUAUGAAGAUGUUGAUGAGGACGAGCUCUUGGCAUCACUUAGCCCGGAGGAGCUGGCUGAGUUGGAAAAGGAACUGGUGGACAUUGAUCCUGACGCCAACGUGCCCAUUGGACUCAGACAGAGAGACCAGACAGACAAGACCCCAACGGGAACUUUCAGCAGAGAGGCCCUCAUGAAGUACUGGGAAAAUGAGACCCGUAAACUUUUGGAGAAUGAGAUAGCAGGAGGAAGCCCCAAACUGGAUGAAGAAGAAGAUGACGAGUGUCAAAACAGUGAAGAGGAGGAUGAAAAAAAUGAUGAGAAUGAAAAAGAAAACAAAAAGUCUGAAAAUUCAAAGGAGGAAGAUUACACAGAAGAAGACAGUAAUGAAGAAGAAGAGGAAGAAAGUGAGGAAGAGGAACCUGUAACAGAAGAAGAAGAUGAGGAUGAAGUGGAGGAAGACAAACAAGACAAUAGAUCAAAACUUGAACCCUCAGGAGAUUCAAUGCUAUUGACGAUGCAGGCGGUUAAACCAACACUACUAAGACCUCAGAAGGUGGAGCCUAUCAGGCUGACUCCUCCUCCUCCACCCAUUGACCCAAACUCCAGUGGAAACCCUACAGUUGUUGAUGAUGCUUUGCAACGAGUUCUUAAUAAUGACUCUGAACUCACUGAGGUGAAUCUGAACAACAUUGAUGACAUCAAACAGGAAACUCUUAUUCGAUUUGCUGAAGCACUAAGAGCCAACAGUCAUGUACGAGUUUUCAGUCUCGCAAACACUCGGGCUGAUGACCACGUUUCUCUGGCCAUUGCUAAGAUGUUGAAGGAGAACGCUUCCAUCACCAGUCUGAACAUAGAGUCCAACUAUGUGAGUGGGAAGGGCGUGAUGGCGUUGGUUCAAGCACUUCCGGGCAACAACACCCUGACUGAGCUUCGCUUUCACAACCAGAGGCACAUGUGUGGAGGACAGGUAGAAAUGGAGAUGGUGAAGAUUCUGAGGGAAAAUCACACUUUGAUCAAGCUUGGUUACCAGUUCAACCUCCCUGGUCCCAGAAUGAGCAUGACGGGUAUCCUCACCAGGAACCAGGACCGCCAGAGGCAGAAACGGCUCCAGGAACAAAGGCAACAGCAACAGGGCCAACAGGGAGUGCAAGAUGCAGCUGUUAACCCAAGAACCUCUGCUCUCAGAGGAACACCUAGUUCAUCACCCUAUAGUUCACCCAGAGCCUCCCCUUGGUCCUCACCCAAACUGCCCCGAAAUGACCUGGCUAAACAACAGACUCCCCCUGCACCACCUCCACCUCCUCCUCCGCCACCUCCUCCACCACCACCUCCUCCUGCUCCGCUUCUCCCAUUCAAAGGGGAGAAGAAGAAACCUACGAGGAUGAUUGCGGAGGUCAUCAAGGCCCACGAAGCGGGCAGCAAGAAGGUGGCCAAAAUGAAAGGGAAGAAGGGGAAGAAGGGCAAGGGGAAGGAGACGGGGAAAGAGGAGACAGGCUGCAUCCUGAAGGAGCUCAAGAACACCCUGAGACCUGUGUCGACAGAGAGGCGAGGGGAGGAAGGCAGCAGCAGGCCAUCCACGCCCAUGAGGUCCGCUCACGAUCAGCUGAUGGAGUCCAUCCGCAGCAGCAGCAUUAGGAGCCUCAGGCGGGUGGAGGUUCCACAUCAUCUACGAUAAGAAUACAGAAAACAAAGAAAUCAACACUGCAGAAUGAAGAUGGUGAUGGAAACGGAGCAGGAGACAAACCUGAAUUCUUACUCUGAGAAAAUGAAAAUCUGUGCUGGAAAUUUGCACUCACUUUGAACCAGGAUUCAGAUUUCAAAAUACAUUACCCCUCUCAAAAUGUUGUUCUUAAAUGUUUCAGGAUCAUCAAACAAAUUCAAUAUCAAACAUAUAUAAAUACAGACUGCAGUUUUCAAAUGUUAAUGUCAUUUAUUAAGAGUAAAAAGCUAUUCAACAUGACCUGGCUUUAAGUAAAAUUUAUUUGUUCUUAAAUGUCUUCAGAUUUAGACAUGAUGCGUUGUUUUGUUAUGUCUAUUAGCCUACUUCGCGUUGUCAGAUGGGUUCUAUUUUAAGAACAGCAAUCCAGUCUGAAUGUGGCAAGUCAGUUUGAACUCAUGCAAGGAUGGUUUGUAUAGGUUUUUUCUCUUAAUCAAGUAUAUUCUUAUUUGAAUUUCAUAUUCUUAUAUUUUUUGAUGAUCUUAAACAUUAGAGUGUGACAAAAAAAUCAAAAAUAGAACAAAUCUCUAACGGGCAAAGCACUGUUUUAGCAUUCACUCACAGUAGAAAGUGAAAUCGUUUUUCUUAUUCUGAAAUCUUUCUUGUCUUAUUUUCUAUAAAUGUGAUUUGUUUUUGGAUGAAAUAUGUUCAUUUCUAAAUAUAUCCUUUUGCUUACUUGCAGCAGUA